UCCUCCAGUGGUGACCACUCUGCUGCAGGGUACUAACGUACGCCCUCAGGUGGUGAGCCUCCAGCAUGGCCCCAGACAGAACCAGAUCGCUCCUGCAGGUAGAGGUCACCCUGCAACCUCUCAGGUAGCCGUAUCUCAGGUCCCCAUACAGCAGCAGCAGACCACUACCAUCAGCAGCCUGCAACCCGGGCUGACAACCAUACAAAACCAAGCCAGAAUGCAGGGUCAUGUGGCCAUACAGCAGAGGCUUCAACAGCAACAGCAGCGGAUAUCUCUGCAGAUGCUGCAGCAGGGUCGACAGGGUGUCCAUCAGCUUCCAGGGGCUGCUGCUUCGGCUGCGGCUCUUGCCAUAAGACAACCGGGCCCGACAUGGUUGCAGCAGCCCAGGCAACAGCUUCAAGUUACCUCUACCCAACAGCAAAGUUUGCAAGUGUGUCAGCAAAUCCAGGCUGCACCUGGUCAGGUACAGGUGCAGAUGGUGAGACCUCUUAGUGCAGGCGCAGUUCAAACUGUCACCACCUCUACUUUACAGCCCGGCUCAGCUCAGCUAGCCCUCCAGCAGCAGCAGCAGCAGCAGCAGCAGAACCAGCACUACCAGAACCUAGCCCGUAGUCAAGCUGCCAGCACCCAGGACCAGAUCCAAGCCCAGGAGAGAGCCCAUGCUGCCAACCAUGCCCAAGCUGUGGCCAAGGCUGCCAGGGAGCAACGGGAACAGGAGCAGCAUCAGCAAGCCAGGAUUGCCGCUCAAAGGCUACAGUCCAGUCAGCUGGAGCAGCAGCAGACGCAGAUGGUUCAGAUCAAGAAGCUGCAGGAAGAGAUGAGUGUUAUUCAGACCAAGGCACAACAACAUCGCAACAAGAAACGACUCAUUUUGUCUCAGAUCAAAAGAGGUGAAGAAUACCAGCAAGCCCUCAGGUCCAAGCUAUCAGGCAGCAAGCAAUCCGGAAUGAAUCGCCAGGUAUUCCAAAGUUGUCAAAGACAACUGCAAGAUGUGCAGGAACAGGAACGAAAGCUGCGUAGUGAGUUGAACCAUGUGGAGAAGGGACUUGAAGAAUGUAGGCUAAAAAGCAAUCAACUUGACCAACACAUUCAUCUGGCAACCACAGCCGCUGCCUCAAGAUUAUCUCCACAAGAACUCCAGAAACAUCAAUUACAGCAACAGCAGCAGCAACUGAGUCAGCAACUGGCACAACGCCAGAUCCAACAGCAACAGCAGCAAAAGCUUCAGCAACAGCAGCAGCAACAGCAGCAGCAAGUGCAGUUGCAACAACAGAAGGCAAACGAAACUACCAGACCCAAACAUCCCGCACAGCUGCCUGACCUGAACAUAGUGUUAGACGUUCCCCGUCAAUCCCUCUACACUCCUAUGCCGAUCAAACCUGUGCUGGAGAUCAAGCACUCCCAAGAGGGUAUUGUUCUCUCCUGGAAGGCCGACCCAGAUGGAGGUGCUUCAAAGAUAGACGUCAAGCGAUACCUCCUCUACGCUUACCAGGAAUCCGAGUCGGCGACGCCCAACACCGACCUGUGGAAGAAGAUCGGUGCCGUGGAUGCGCUCCCCUUACCCAUGGCAUGCACUCUCACCCAUUUCAAAGCUGGCAGCAUGUAUCAUUUUGCUGUGUGUGCCAUCAGUAAGCACAGUAGACCUGGAGUGUUUAGCAACAUUGGCAGCAUCAAUCUACCUUGACAGUUUUCUUAUAGCAUAUUGGCUUCCAAACAAUGUAACAAUCACUGAUUGUGGUCUGAGUGAGAAACAUUCCUUGAGCUCUACAGUUGGUUAUCAUUAUCUCAUCGAUGCCUAUGUAUAUGUAUCUAUGUAUUUAUAAACAGUAUGCAUAUUAAUAAUUUUGUGUUACCGAAAU